GGGGCUUUGUGCUGCUGCUGCAGGGGUGUGCGUUUGUCUGGAAUCGGAAUCUGCUGGGGCUCGCCUGAGUUUUGUGGUGGCUUGUGUUGUGUGGGAGGCCAGCGUGUAUGUGUCACAGGCAGCAGCAGCAGCAGCAGCCACAUCAGGGGGAGCCGGGGCGAAAGAGGGACCGCUAAGCCGGAAUCAUGUAUCUCACCAUCAGGAUUGCGAGCAGGGAGUGGUGUGGAAAUUGUGCAACAUGCAGAUAAGAUCCCGGUUUCUCCAGAAGAAAGAGAGCGAGCUUGCCCUGGGCAGGAGGGAGAGGAGAAAGCCAGCAUGAAGGUUGAAGGAGAUCAUUUCCACGGCCAGUGCUAGAGGGAGACCUAGAUCUGUGCAACUCGCUUCCCCGUGGCUGUUUUGUUUGGGGCGGGGGGGACACCGGAUCGGGCUCAGCCAGGGAGGAGGGGAAGGUGUGUGUGGGAAGGGGGGGGCGACGAAGGAAUAACGGAGAGAGAGGCUGUGCGGUGCAUUGCACACAGACUGAGCGAGGGAAAGAGCAGGGAAAAUCGCCCCUCUCCGAGGAAGGGCCAUCGCCAUGGGCAAUGCCGGGAGCAUGGAUUCUCAGCAGACGGACUUCAGGGCUCACAACAUGCCUCUCAAGCUGCCAAUGCCCGAGCCAGGUGAACUGGAGGAGAGAUUUGCCGUCGUCCUGAAUGCAAUGAACUUGCCACCAGACAAAGCCAGGUUACUUCGGCAGUAUGACAAUGAGAAGAAAUGGGAGUUGAUCUGUGAUCAGGAAAGAUUUCAAGUGAAGAAUCCUCCACAUACAUAUAUCCAGAAAUUAAAGGGCUAUCUCGAUCCAGCAGUAACCAGGAAGAAAUUCAGAAGACGAGUCCAAGAAUCUACGCAAGUACUACGAGAACUGGAAAUUUCUUUAAGAACAAAUCAUAUUGGAUGGGUCAGGGAGUUUUUGAAUGAAGAAAACAAAGGCCUGGAUGUUCUGGUGGAAUAUUUGUCAUUUGCACAGUACGCAGUCACUUUUGACUUUGAAAGCUUGGAGAACAAUGUGGAAAACUCAAUGGAUAAAUCCAAACCUUGGAGCCGUUCCAUUGAAGACCUGCAUAGAGGAAGUAACUUACCCUCGCCAGUUGGCAAUAGCAUUUCCCGCUCUGGCAGGCAUUCUACUCUACGGUAUAAUACCUUGCCGAGCAGAAGAACACUAAAAAAUUCAAGAUUAGUGAGUAAAAAAGACGAUGUUCAUGUCUGCAUCAUGUGUUUACGUGCCAUAAUGAAUUACCAGUAUGGAUUCAAUAUGGUCAUGUCACAUCCACAUGCUGUUAAUGAAAUUGCACUAAGCCUGAACAACAAGAAUCCCAGAACAAAAGCCCUUGUCUUAGAACUGUUAGCAGCCGUUUGUCUUGUCAGAGGAGGGCACGAAAUUAUUUUAUCUGCGUUCGAUAACUUUAAGGAGGUUUGUGGAGAGAAACAGCGCUUUGAGAAGCUGAUGGAACACUUCCGAAAUGAAGACAACAAUAUAGACUUUAUGGUGGCAUGUAUGCAGUUCAUCAACAUUGUAGUCCAUUCAGUAGAGGACAUGAAUUUCAGAGUUCAUCUCCAGUAUGAAUUUACGAAGUUAGGCCUGGACGAAUAUUUGGAUAAGCUGAAACACACAGAGAGUGACAAACUGCAGGUGCAGAUUCAAGCUUACUUGGACAAUGUGUUUGAUGUGGGAGCUUUGCUUGAAGAUGCUGAAACCAAGAACGCAGCCUUGGAAAGAGUUGAAGAACUGGAAGAAAAUAUUUCUCAUUUAUCGGAAAAACUGCAAGACACAGAGAAUGAAGCAAUGGCGAAGAUUGUGGAACUGGAAAAGCAGCUUAUGCAGAGAAACAAAGAACUGGAUGUUGUUCGAGAAAUUUACAAAGAUGCAAAUACCCAGGUUCACACGUUGAGAAAAAUGGUCAAAGAAAAAGAGGAAGCCAUCCAGCGGCAGUCAACCCUGGAGAAAAAGAUCCAUGAACUGGAAAAGCAAGGGACCAUUAAAAUUCAGAAGAAAGGUGAUGGUGACAUCUCUAUUCUUCCUGUUGCUGUGGCCUCUGGGACACUGCCGUCAGGGUCAGAAGCUACAGCUGGCACAUGUGUGGGACCAGUGACUGGGGCUACGUCUUCAGUACCAUUGCCGCCACCUCCACCCCCAUUACCACCAUUACCACCAACAUCUGAGACAGUGCAAAACGGUCCUGUGACAGCACCUAUGCCACCUCCACCUCCGCCUCCACCACCACCUCCACCUCUUCCUGGUCCAGCUGCAGAGACAGCCCCAGCUCCUCCACUGCCUCCCCCACCGCCACCAUCAGCACCCCCUCUGCCAGGAACAGCCUCUCCCACGGUGAUUUUCAACUCAGGAUUAGCAGCUGUGAAAAUCAAGAAGCCAAUCAAGACAAAGUUCCGCAUGCCUGUCUUUAACUGGGUAGCUCUCAAACCCAAUCAAAUUAAUGGGACGGUCUUCAAUGAAAUUGAUGAUGAAAGGAUCCUGGAGGAUUUAAAUGUGGAUGAAUUUGAAGAAAUAUUCAAGACAAAAGCUCAAGGUCCAGCCAUUGAUCUUACUUCAAGCAAACAAAAGAUAACUCAAAAAGGGUCAAACAAAGUCACAUUAUUGGAAGCAAACAGGGCCAAAAAUCUUGCCAUCACUUUAAGAAAAGCUGGAAAGACUGCAGAUGAAAUAUGCAAAGCUAUUCAGGUAUUUGACCUGAAGACGUUGCCAGUAGAUUUUGUCGAAUGUUUGAUGCGAUUCUUGCCCACUGAGAACGAAGUGAAAGUGUUACGGCUCUAUGAGCGGGAGAGGAAACCUCUCGAGAAUCUGACUGAUGAAGAUCGGUUCAUGAUGCAGUUCAGUAAGAUUGAGAGGCUGAUGCAGAAGAUGACCAUCAUGGCCUUCAUAGGCAACUUCGCAGAAAGCAUCCAAAUGCUGACGCCGCAACUCCAUGCAGUAAUAGCAGCAUCUGUCUCAAUAAAGUCAUCCCAAAAGCUCAAGAAAAUACUGGAGAUAAUCUUGGCUCUUGGUAACUAUAUGAACAGCAGUAAAAGAGGAGCAGUUUAUGGGUUUAAACUACAGAGUUUAGAUCUGCUGUUAGACACAAAGUCAACGGACAGAAAACAAACGCUGUUGCACUAUAUAUCCAAUGUUGUGAAAGAAAAGUAUCACCAAGUAUCCCUCUUUUACAAUGAACUUCAUUAUGUGGAGAAAGCCGCUGCAGUGUCCCUUGAAAAUGUCCUGUUGGAUGUCAAGGAGCUCCAGCGAGGCCUGGACCUGACAAAGCGAGAAUACACCAUGCACGACCACAAUACAAUGCUGAAGGAAUUUAUUCAUAACAAUGAAGGAAAACUAAAGAAACUGCAGGAUGAUGCAAAAAUAGCCCAGGAUGCCUUUGAUGAUGCUGUGAAAUAUUUUGGGGAGAAUCCCAAGACAACCCCCCCAUCCGUCUUUUUCCCAGUCUUUGUCCGAUUUGUGAAAGCCUACAAGCAAGCAGAAGAGGAGAAUGAGUUGAGAAAGAAGCAGGAACAGGCACUCAUGGAAAAACUUCUGGAGCAAGAAGCAUUGAUGGAGCAACAGGACCAAAAGUCUCCUUCCCAUAAAACAAAGAGACAGCAGCAAGAGCUAAUUGCAGAGCUACGCCGACGACAAGUCAAGGAUAACAGACAUGUGUAUGAGGGGAAAGAUGGUGCAAUUGAAGACAUUAUAACAGAUCUUAGAAACCAGCCAUACAGACGAGCCGAUGCGGUAAGGAGAAGCGUUAGGCGACGUUUUGAUGAUCAGAACUUGCGCUCUGUAAAUGGUGCUGAAAUAACCAUGUGAGCUGGAGAUUUGCAUGUGAAAAGUAGAGCGUGUGCUUGAAUGAUACCUUGUCCAUGUGAACUAUAUGUGCUACCAUUUAAUUAUAGCCUUGAAUACAGUAAAAUUACCUUCUAAAGGGCUCAAAAAGACAUAGAAAAUGCAUAGGAACGUAAAAGUGAUGGGCUCUUUACUCAACCAUAGCUAACAAGUGCCUAAAAUUGAAGUACCUGCUCAAAUUAAUCAAAGCAAUAGGACUUGAUUUGAUUGGGUAUCUUUUUACACCAACACAUUAUUCAGUAUUUUUAACCAAAAUGUAAAAUACAUGAUUUUUUUUUUUUUGUUACAUGAAAUUUAGUGAUUGGUCUUCAGUGGCCCUUCUUGAUUUCCUGACAGGUUGUAAAUAAGUAAUACUUGGAUGCAAUCUGCUGUGGACUUAAGCUUUUCAAUGCAUUCCUGUCCUGUCCUCUAAGGAAUUAACCUUGAGCUUCAACUGCACUUAUUAGCUUUUUAUAUAUAUAAGGGCUUACCAUGUGCAAGGGGGAAGUAAUUACAAAAUGAACUGUACCUUUCAGCCAUAUACAAAUCCCAGACUAAUACAAAUAAGAUGUGUUCAAGACAUAAUUCAGUGAACACACGGUUUAUAUCAAAUGAACAUGAACUAUUCUUCAUGUUCAGAUUCUGCUUUUUAUAUGCCAGUGUGCAAUGUGGGAUAGUUGGAGGGUAUGAAUGCAUUGCAAAGAUCUAUGAAACAAGAAUGUUGUAUAAGACUCAUUUACUACGUUCUUCAAAUAGAGGCAGCUUUUGAAUAACAAAGUGUAUUUAUUAAUUAGCACUAAGAUAUUAACAUCUCAUUAAUCAGUAUUAGGAUUUCUGAGGACCAUUAUGGUUCAGUUAUUAACUCAGUGAAAUAAUCUUGUGCCCUGCUGAGAGAGGAUUUUAAUACCCCAUCUAUAAGCUUUAAACUUGCAUCUGCAUUGAGCAAGAAUGGUAACCCAGUAAGUAUGUUUUUCCUUUGACAAUCGAGUUCUGAUCACUUAAUACAAAGGGACAUUUGUUGUUCAAAUGCAUCCCAACUUCUAAAUUCUUAUCUUAUAUAUUGCAUUUUACACUUUAAAACUGAGCUUAUUUUAUUAGGCUUGGCAAUAUUUUAAAUAUAAACACAGUGCUACUGGUGCAGAUCAAUUUACUGUUAUAAUGGAAUUUUAUUUUAUCCUACAAUGGCAGGGCACUUGAUCUAUUCCAAAGUCAAGAACUGGACUGAUGCUAAAUUUGUACUUUCAGAGAAGAUACAUUUUGCUUGUGGCUUACCGUUCCUGGUAGCAUUGCAUCAGUAUGUUAAUUGUAAAAUUUAUUGUAUAGUAUUUAACCACUGAAUCUCUUUUCUUUUAUGUUGUGCUUUAUGUGAACCACUGGUGAAGGUCCCAUUUUCCUUGAAUAAUGUGUAGUUAUAUGAAUCUGUUUUUAAAUGUACAGAUAUUUUGCUACAAAAUUGGUGCAGUUUUUUAUGGUUUUUACACUUCUCUUUAAUUCCCACUUUAGUCUCUGGGUAAUAUUGUAAAUAUUGUUUAAAAAAUGCAUCAGCCUGUGCUAUACAAUCUGAAUGUUAUUUUAACUUAUAGUUUUGUUUUUUAUAUUUAACUAAAUGGACAGUUUGGGGCUCAAAGUUACCACAUUGACUUCCGCUUCCCUAUUUACAGAAAGUUUACAUUAAAACUGCCACCUAUUGUCUCAUUUACAGCAACGUGUACUCAACAUGCAAAAGAGAACAUGCCAAGAUUGCCUCUUUCUUCACUGAUAGUGACAAAAGAGUUUUAAUCUGUAUAAGAAAAAAUAAUUUGGCAACGUAAUUUAAGUACAUUUAUUAGUCAAAUGGAUCAAACUCGUAAACUCAAAAGCAUUUUUAUAACUUAACUGUAGACAGCAAAUAUUACCAUGCAAGUGGACUGUAAUAUUGGCAUGUUCUCUUUGAUGUUUUUCUAGUAAUAGACCUGCUUCUUAGCAAUAUUAGAAGUGUUUUAUAAAAGCAGUUCAUGUUACUUUUCUGGUCUAUUCAUGGCAUAUGAUCAAAUAAACUAUUUACACUACUA